CAAAUACAAAUACAGUAGACGCUCACAAAUUAGAACUCUUAGUAAUUAGAAUUUCCAGAAAUUAGAAUCAACUUUUUGAAUACAUUACACGCUCUGAAAUUACAAUCGAAAAUUCUAAUUUCAGAGCGUAUUUUGUUUUUUUGUUGCAAAAUAGAUAUAAAAAGGGGAAUCCCCAAUUUAUUCAUGUUACGCUCGGUAGUCGUUGGAUUUUCGUCGCUAUCUGUACAGUUUUUGUUUGAAAUUCGAUUCGCGUGCACGUGUUUCGGCAUUGUUUGCUUAAAAGUAAAAGUCGUUCGUUGAAAUGCCAAAUAAACGUAAGAAAAAUACUUUGUCUUUGGAAACCAAAGUGCAGAUCUUGGAAAAGCUUGACCAAGGUAUUCAAGGGAGCGGUUAGCCCUAGAAUUUGAUGUGGCGCCAUCUGCAAUCACCUAUAUCAAAUCUAUGAAAUCAUCAAUUUUAAGCGCUGUUUCUAAUACCUAUCAUAAGGCUAACAAAAAAUUAUUGCAUAUCGCUGAAUAUCCAAAAAUGGAAGCAAGUCUUUAUGAGUGGUUUUUAAAUAAACGCGAAAAAAAGUGUACAUUAACUGGGCCAAUACUAAAGGAGAAAGCCACACAAAUAUUCAAAGUGGAAUAUCCCGAUAAAGAUGAAAGUACAUUUAGCGCAAGUGAUGGAUGGUUUAGCAAAUUUAAAAAACGACACGGAAUACGUUUUUUAAAAAUUUGUGGCGAGAUUCUUUCUAGUGAUGUUGCUUCAGUCACCCCGUUUAUUCACAGAUUUCGUGCAAAAGUCGAUGAGAUGGGGCUAAAGGAGUCACAAAUAUAUAAUGUAGAUGAAACCGGAUUAUUUUACCGUUGUUUACCUGACAAAACAUACUUCUCUCUUUUCGAGAAAACCGCCCCCGGGUAUAAAAUCCAGAAGGAACGAAUUUCAGUGUUACUUGGUGUAAAUGCUGAUGGAUCACAUAAAUUAAUGCCAUUAGUAAUUGGAAAAGCAAAAAAACCAAGAAGUUUUCAAGGAUUCAAUAAUCCACUCCAUUACAACUUUUCAAAAAAUGCUUGGAUGACAUCUCAGAUUUUUCAUGAUUGGUUUCACAAGAUAUUUAUUCAUGAGGUGAUUCGUUUCUCUCAGGAAAAUAAUUUGCCUCCGAAGGCAAUUUUGCUAAUUGACAACUGCUCUGCUCAUGCACCAAUUGAGAAACUUCAAAGCGACGAUGGAAAUAUAAUUGCAUUUUUCUUUCCACCAAAUGUGACAGCAACUUUACAACCAAUGGAUCAGAAUCCUAUUAAGUUAACCAAGCUAAACUACAGAAGUAUGCUUCUUUCUCAAUUAAUUGCUGAAGGAGGUGACCUCAAGGUUCGCUUGAAAUCCUUUUCAAUUCGAAAUGCAAUCAUGCUAUUAAAGCAAGCUUGGUAUGAUGUUCCAGAAAGAGUAAUAAAAAAGUCCUGGUCAAAGUUGAACAACUGGGACUCUGAUCAGUAUGAAAGUGAUGACGAUGAUGUGCCACUAGCACUGCUACUGCAAAAAGAUCAAGACUGCAAUGGAGCUCUCAAGCACUUUUAACAGAAAUAGAGCCAACUAAUACAAUUAGCAUACCAGAAAUUGAAAUAUGGAACAAUGAUGUGCUUGAUGACGACCCUGCACAUGAUCUCAAUAGCGAUGAUGAGUCUUCAGGUAGCAGCGAAUUUGAUGACCGGGAGGUCUUACCAGUUGUCUCUACUUCUACAGCCAUUGAAAGCGUCAAUAAUUUAAUAAAAUGGUGUACUUAUAGUGAAUCGUUUUCCGCAAAGCACACAAGCAAUCUGCUAGCUCUUCGCAAUGAGAUUGUUAUUGCAGAAACAAAUAAAAGGAAGAAGCAAACAGCAAUAACAGACUACAUGCCUGCAAAUUAGUUACGAAGUUUUUGAUUAAUUUUUGGCUGUUUUAAUGUAUAUUUA